CAGUUUUUCAUUUUUCACAGCCGCCCCACACCAACAUCCAACUACGAACCGAAACGCCCACCAUCGCACGGAGGUGCUGGGUGAUCGAUCACGGUCCACGACGCAGCGCAUUUCCGUGACCCGUCUGUGUGUGUGCGUGCGUGUUUCACAGCAGCAGCAAAGGCUGUGUGUAGUUGAGUUCAUUGUUUCUUUUUGGUUCUUUUAUCACGGUGCAAAGCCACUUCCACUCCGCUUCCCGUUAUCAGUGUGUGUGUAGGUGUGUGUGUGUGCAUUUUGUGGGUUAGUAAUCGAUGCCUCAGUAUCAAAUCGCAAUCGACCCAAAACUGCACUGCGAAAAAAACACAGAAACAUCAUUCACUUUGGACCCGCCCGCCAUCUGGAGUUCCACUUUACUUUGGGUGUAAUCGAUCAAGCACAGCAGUAUUUCAAGCGUGUUGUGUGUGUUUGUGCUCUUGAGCUCUCUUUGUUCCAAUUGACCUCGCGGUUUUUGUUUGCUAAACGGUGUAGCGAAAGCGAUGGGAGGAUGUUAUCUCUUCCAGUAGCAAGCGCCUACUACGCCUUGGCAGAGCCACCUGCCGUAUCCUCUCCGCACGGAAUACUACGUUGGCUGUGAAAUUGCAAUCCCGUACUAUCUACAAUCUUCCAGCUCAAAACACAGGGACACUCCGCCGGAACCUUCCAAGGAACGGGUUGCAUCGCAAAACAGCUGCUGGCCACACAUUUCGGGUCGGACCACGUUUCGUGACAAAUUAUCCCCCCCCCCCAUUCUUCCCCAUGAGAUAAUCAAUCUCCCACGGUGUGGCUGAGAAGAAGGCAAAGUACAACAAACCCUGCCUCGAGUCGAGCUCAUUAGCAUAUCCGGCGUGUGGUAAAUCAGUUGCUGCCAUCCUGCUGGUAGUGUCUGGUUGGUGGUUGAAGCUAAGUGUGUCCGCUUUACCGAGCUGCGCCGUAUUGCUUCGACAAAUUUCCAUUUUCUUGUUGUUGUUGCACCAUUCGAUGAGUCAUACCCAUCGGGCGAGCAAAAACGAGCGUUGCACAAUUCACACUUCUGCUCAAGUGCGCCAUCGCCGGUUGCUACGAACGUGAUAGAUAAGAGCAAAUCUCACUUGCCGUGAAGAGAGCACCACCACCACCAGCACCAGCAUGGAGAUCGGACCGGACGAGUGGAUGGAGCGGGCGAAGGAGAAUAUGAAAAAGUUCCUCAACCGGGGCGGUGCGUGCCGGGGGGACGAGCCGCAAAUGCUGACCGGGGCCGCGCUCGAGAACACGCUCGGGUACGCGCUGAACCUCACGAUGAAGGACCCGAACGAGUGGACGGACGACGAGCUGCAGCAGGAGUACAUGGAGCAGCUCUGCUUCUAUGAUGCCGAGUCGCGCAAAACGAUCGACCGGCUGACGCAGCAGAUGUACGCACAGAUCGGGGGCGAUUCCCCGGACGAACCGUGCCAGCUGACGAUCCUGCCGAUCGAGCUGUACGCGGAAGGGAAGCUGUACGAGGUGGCCCUGUUCCGGUACCAGUUCGGGGUGGGCACUGAGCCGAAGUACGUCGACUCGUACGGCCGGGUGUACGGCAGCUUUAAGGAUUUUUUGCGCAACAACAAGUACCCGUCGGCGGAGAUGAUGUACCCGCGGGAGGGCCGGCUGGAGGCGGGCGACGACAAAACCGUACUGUACGAGGUGGGCAAAACGCCCGCCUGGAAGGCGUACUACUUUAAGGCGCUCGACAUUGCGACGGGCAUUAUUGGAAUUGCGGGCGCUACCGGGGCCAUCUUUCUGUCGGGCGGUAUCGCCACCCCGUUCGUAGCCGCCAGCAUCGGUUCGGCCCUGUACGCGACGGGCCGGUCGAUCGAUGUGCUGCGGGACAAGAGCGCCCACCAGGAGUCGCUCAAUCCUUUCCUCGAUUCGGAAUCGCGCACCGCCUGGCUCAGCCUGACCGCGCACGUCCUCACGUUCGGCACGAUGCCCCACAUCUCCGCCCUGUCCGGCGUGGCCUCGACCAGCCACAGCAUCGCGACCGGCUUCAAGGUGUGCAACUUCAUCAACGAGACGGGCAACAUCAUCAGCGAUCUCGUCAUCUGCGACACACUGUCCGCGAUGCACUCGAACUACUACAACGCGUCGAUCGAGACGCGGCUCGCGCACGCCGCCUCGAUCUGCUUCUGGACCAAAACGACCAUCAGCAUCCGGCAGGCGGAGCUGAUGAUGAAGAACAACGCGAUCGUGGCGCUGAAGCUGUUCGGGUUCGAGGACCACUGCUGCGAGUACUUUAACAACGAUGCGCACGCGAUCGACAUCGGGCUGCGGAUAGCGAAGCAUUCGCUCGAAACGAACGUGCAGAUCGUGUCGGACGCGAGCGAUCCGGGCGCGAUCCGGAUCGAUGGCAGUCGGUUCCCGAUCGUGGAGCUGCUGCGGCUCGAGCCGAGCGAGGUCGAGACGCUGUUCGAGGCGCUGCAGGGCGUUUCGGCGGACGAGCGUGCACUGUUCGAUGAGAUGCGUCCACUGGUUUGCUGCGGGAAGGCGGCUGCUGCCGACGAGGAUGAUGGUAGGCUGAGCGUGCUGGUGCGCAUCCUUGCCCGGGAAGCGGAACGGGAGUGCUUGCCCGUGAGCGAUCUGAUGGAAAUGUUGCUGCAAACGUACGCCGCCAUCAAGCGGUACGAAGGGGGCGCGGCCGGCAGCGUACAACCGACCACGUUCCAGCUUUCGGCCGGCGGUCUGUGUAUUGGGCGCGGUCUCUGCAUGCGCCUGAAGCCGGCCUUCAUUCUGUUUGCGUCGAAGGAAGUGGCCCCGGCACCGGUGGAGCUGUCCGCUGGGGAGAACAGCAGCAGCAGCAGUAAGCCGCGUGACGGUGGCGAGACAGGCGAUACGGAAACGAACCGUUUAAUUCGGGCACUGUUGGAGCUGUCCGAGAAGCAGUGCAGCCAGUUGUCGGACAUUAUCCGCCAGGAUCCGAAUUACUUUUCGAUCUUUAAGCAAAAGCCACUGGAAACGAUCCAACAGGCAGGUGAGGUGGCCGUCACGGAGGCCCACAGGGAGCAGCUGCUGUACGCAAGGCUUAAGGAGAAUAUUUUGAAAGCACUGGAGCGAAACACGACCGCGAAGAACGACAGCUAAAUCAUCGGCCACAUGCAAAAGAAGCAACUGUGGGUAAGUUUUCACCUCGACUCCUUUUCCACGCACACACACACACAUUCCCCGGAAGGUUCCAAAAAAGAUGUUUAGAAGUCAUUUGUAUGCUUUGUGGAUUUGGUGUGGCUGUGUGGUGGGUUGUGCUGUUUUACUGUUUGGUACUUUUAUGCGCAAAAAAGCGGUACAAGAGAUUUAAAAAAAGCAAUAUAAAAUCGAGUGAAAUCAACUAGCUACUAACAUUUUUAGCCAAUAUAUAAACGGAUACAUCAUACACCAACAACAAAAAAGGUAGAAAAGAAAAAAAAACAUUAACAUCAAUUUAUAUCUAGCCAAAUUUUUGCAAAGUGCGGUGCGUAGUAGUGCGCCGCAGACGACUCCUUCGGACGAUAGAACCGGACCGGCUUUUGUAGUGCAAAACUUGAUGAUGGAACGAGAAACAGAAUGAAAAAACAAAACGAAUAUAAAAAAUAUAUACAAACAUCAGCAGCAAACAGUAUGCGAACCUAAAAUGACUAAAACUAAAACCGUAACAGAAACAUAUCAAAUUUGAAACCGAGUUCAACAUGAAUUAGCUACCAGAAAUAGUAAUGAAUAGAGAUGAACAGAUUUUUACACAUUUAAAAACAAAUAGGUAAAUAAUAUCAUUCAGCAUAUGUUUUGGGCAACUGUAGAGACAGAGAGCAAAAUGCGCACAUAAAAGAAAACACACACACACACUCUCAGCCAAACACACAAACACAUAAACACAAAAGAGAGGCGCUUUCUCUUCCGGCUAUAAAACGCCGCGCUUCCUUGGAUGAGCAGGCUUGAACGCGGUGAAAAAUCCGCUCUCCAUAACCUUCCAUUUCUUAUUCCCUCUCCAGCAGUGCCGUGUUUUGGCUCCACUCGUCUACCCGACUGAACACACAGAGACGAGUGCUUUGAUUGAAGCGCGCAAACAGAAGAUAAGAAGAAGAAGAAGAAGCAAAAAAAACCUAAAAGUGCACAAAA